GGUGGUCAUGCGAUCACCCGUCCCCAUCUCAUUGCAUGUCAUAUUGAGCCUGCAUAGACACAACUUCAUGGUCACACAUCUGGUGACUUAUCCUCUUCGUGCAUUUUUGCUUUGUUGAAGCCUCCAUCUGGUCUUUGUUUUCGGCAGGUGGUGCCUCUAUUCCUUUUUUUCUACCGCAGCCAGCUUCACGAAGGCACCCGGGGAACCGGCUGUUGAUUGACUUACCGGGAGGAAUGUGUUCCGCACAUUUCGUGUAACCUCCCAGACGAGUCCUUGUGUCGCAACGGCGUCUAACACCACGGGUUGGUUGGCGCAAAGGUGGUACAAUGGAUCAAUAUCCUUCGAGUUCCGUGGAUGUGAUUGACGCCUUUCGAGCAUUGACUGCCGAAGCGCGCAGAAAUGUAUGCCGUACUUUAGUGGCUGAAUUCAGCCAUGCCGAAUGCCAUGAAGUGUGGGAUUUGAUUUUCAACCGAUUUCACUUUGAUGUUCUUGAAAACCUGCCUUUGGAACUGACUGCACGCGUUGCGGGUUAUCUCGAACCUUCGGAAACAUUUAGGUUACGUCAGGUCUCAAGGCGAUGGAAUGAAUUGUUUUCAACACCAGCAAUUUGCGCUAGCAGUUUCCGAUCUUUUAAUUCCCACCAGAUCCUCAAUACAAGUGCUGCUGAAUGGAAACAGAGUUAUUCGAGAUAUGCAAAAUGUCAGUUGGCUUUGAGGACAGGCAGGCCAGCAGGAGAAGCUCUCUACAGUGAUAUAUCCAGUGACUGGUCGCAAUGCAACGACAAUACCAUAUCUUACUCUGACGGAAUGAUAGCAUGGGCUAAGAAUCAAGUGAUCCUUUUACUCUGCCUACGAAGCGGGCGUGCUAGAUACUUUAAUACAGCAAACCGUCAUGUUGUUGUGUGCGUUCGGGUGUCCAGUAGGAUCAUAGCUGCCCUCACUUCUCAUGGCUCUUGCCAGGUAUGGAACCAUAAGUCGGGCAAAGAGGGCAUGCUACGCUUGCCUUCUGCCAACUAUAAAGUCUCGCUUGGUUAUAUAAGACAUAAUUUCCUUGUCGACGAAGACACUAUUGCCGUUUAUCUAGCUGGUAGCCAAUCCAUAAUCGUUUGGGACUUACAAACCGAAACGUCUCGGCAAAUUUAUAUUGGCGCAGAACCCUUCCAUAUAUUUCUCGAUGCAAAAGGGAAAACCUUGACCGUGAUGCGUCUUGAGGAUGCUCACGAGAAUCUGGUAUACCGUCAUGGUGACCACAUUUCACAGAUAGUUGGCGUAACUUAUUCCAUUGAUCGGAAUAGCCGCAGUGAUCAGCGUUCCUUCUCCUUUCCCCUUCCAAACUCCGUGAUGUCCGUCGAUUUACGCCUUCAUUCAUGUCUCAAUAACAUCAAGAGUUGUUGUUUUCGGCUUAGCACGACGAUAUCCCACGAUAAGAAAGACGAUGCCCAGCCCUUAGCUGUCGGGGGAUUCAUCACAUUUAUCUCAUAUAGCAACAUCCUGAACAGACCAGUUGCUAGGUUUUAUCCGGAAAUACCUUGUGGCGAGAUGGAUAAACGGUGCCUUGCGACGGUAAUGUCUGAAGGUCUGGUAUACUAUUUAGCCGAAGGCGACACAGAUUCUUCAGCCAUUGUUCUGGACUAUCGCCGUGGAGAAGCCAUUCAGGCUCCCGGAAUAAACCUUGCAAGCGGAGUUUUCGGCGGCAACUCCCAAUACCCCUGUUAUUGUUUCGGUGACACCUUCAUUUAUGGAAUCGGCCUUUCCGACGUGGUUCGUGUUUGGUGUUUCGACGAAGAUGUGAUGGCGGGUGAAGGAAUAGGUCGCCACGAGAUAUUUAGAGACUGA